AAGAAGAAGAAAAAAAAGGACGACGAAAUCUCGCGAGAUUACCACUGUAACGGAGGACUGGGGCUUGGUCUUGAAGUUUUCAGAUGCAUCUGUAGAUGAAUCAUAACAGCAUCAAGAUGUCGGGACGAUCAGGCCGCGCUGAGACCCGAAGUCGGGCUAAAGAUGACAUUAAAAAGGUCCUGGCAGCCAUCGAGAAGGUGCGGAAAUGGGAGAAGAAAUGGGUGACAGUUGGAGACACGUCCUUACGCAUAUUCAAGUGGGUGCCUGUAACAGAAACAAAGCAGAUAUAUCGCACCAAAUCCACAGGUGGAGAUGCUAGAGGACUGAAAGAUGUGGUCCUGGAAAACACUAACUCCUUACUGGAUUUCACUGAUGAAAACAGCAACCAGAGCUUUCUGUCAGACGUUUACCAGCCUAAAAUGGAUAACAGCAGCAGCACCUCCAGCUCGCAGCAGGUCAGCCCUCCACAUACCUCCAGCCUCCGGGCUGAAGACUCUCAGCCACCGAUGCUGGGCCAGGAGAGUGUGGAUGAGCCGGUUCAUUCAGGACAGGAGGGAGCCGAUGAGCCUCCCACUCUCAUCAAGGAGGACCUUCUUUCAUCAGGAGCUGUUAGACGAAGCAACCCAGACACACAGGAGGAACUGGAUGAAUCAGGAGCACCCCCUUUAAAGAAGAUAUGUACAGGAGAAAAUGCUGCUCUGAGAUAGCUCAUUUAUAGUAAUUUUGUCAAAAUGCACAUGAUACCUGUCCUCAAUCAGAUUAGCUAAGCUUUUCGAAAUUAUUCCAAGGUCGUCUUGACCUAUUUACGCAAAUGUUACAUUUCAGCAAAUGAGGAAAAAAAAUAUUUACUGCAAAUCUUUGUUCACUUUUAAAAGUAUUUCAAGUCUGCUGUUUUAAGUGAUUCCUGAAACGAAUCGAGAGGAUUUUUCAAACUUUGUGUGGCAAGUUCCUGCUGUUGCAGGCAGUGUGUAUUUCACUUCACAUGCUGUAAAUGUUUUUGGCGACUAACUGUUUCCGAUUUAUGCAGUCCAACUUUACUUUUGCAUGUUUCCACAUCCUAUCGCUUUGUUUUUUGAGGUUUACAGGUCUUUUUGAAAAAGUGUUAAAUGCAUAGCUUUCUGCAGAUUGAUGUGUAGAUGUGCCAUUUUCUGUUAAACAUGACGCCCUUUCUGGAACAGAUCUUAUUUUGGCUUUUCACAUGCAAGAAAAAAAAUGCUUAUUGAAAUAUUUAUAAUAUAAUUUGCCCAUGUUUAUAUUUGACAGCGUUGUAAACCAUAAUAAAUGCUACUUUCCAA